GACUCGCCUUCUCCCUCCUCCCGCUGCUGAUCCGAGGCCGCCAUCAAUACCCACCCCGCCUCGCCACGAAGAACCCAAUCCCAAUCCCGCUAGACGAGCAGACCCUCUGAUUGCUCGGUCCAUCGAUCCGCACCACAAUGUCCGGCGACAAGGCGGCGGUGCAGGCGGGCGGCGACGCGCAGGCCCAGCAGCAGAAGCCCGGCGGCGGGAACCGGAUUCAGGCGUCCAGCUCCAAGAAGCCGCUCUUCUUCUACGUCAACCUUGCCAAGAGGUACAUGCAGCAGCACGGCGACGUCGAGCUCUCUGCGCUCGGGCUGGCCAUAUCAACAGUUGUGACCAUUGCGGAGAUUCUGAAGAACAAUGGUUUUGCCGUUGAAAAGAAGAUUAGAACAUCCACUGUUGAAAUCAGCGACGAAGUGAGAGGCCGGUCGAUCCAAAAGGCUAAGAUUGAGAUAUUGCUGGGAAAGACCGACAACUUUGAUGAGCUGAUGGCGGCCAGCACUGGAGAGGCAACCGCAGGAGAUGGAGAAGAGCAGUCCUAGAAAUUUCAACUCUCCAGUUUUUCCUCACUCUUUUUUUCCCCUUUUGUUUACUUUGCUGGCUCUAUUUAAAUUGGGCGAUGCUGAUGCUCGAGAUGAAAUGUGUUUGUGUGUCCAUGUGGCGUUUCCGAAACACUUAUAUUUGACUAAUUCCAUUUGUUAGCUGA